AUGUCGUUGUUUGACUCCAUGCGAGUAUUUGGACCAUCCUCUACUGAGCUCAAAGUUAGAAAAGCUACAAAUGAAGACGAAAAAACUGGUGCUACCGGAACCUUGAUGAAUGAAAUAUCGGUACUUACGUAUAGUCCUAAAACCGUUCGAGAAAUCACCCAGGUACUCAAGAGAAGAUUGUCAAGUUACGGUAGAAGGACAUCCCACAAAAACAGUAUCCAUAUUGUCAAGGCUCUUACAUUAAUACUCUAUCUGAUAAAUAACGGUUCUGAAGAAUUCGUUGCAUGGGUAAGAGGUAAUCUUAUUUAUUUCGAGUGUCUAAAGAGUUGUGAAGUUUCGCAGAAACGUGAUGAACCCUUGGCCAAACAGAUACGAUCAAUGUCUAAUCAAAUUUGUGAUUGCGUUAAGGACGACGAAUUACUCGAAAACAAAAAAAAGGAAAUAAUAGAAUUUAGAUCUAGUAUAUCUUCACCAGGACGUAAGUCCACAGAUAAUAGCCAUUUGAAAUUAAUCGGUGUAGCCAAAGGUUCAUUAGAACGUACUCCAAUAUCGUUAACUAACCAAAAAAAUGAAAAUGUGACAUUGUUGAGUGAAUACCAGUACGCACCAAAUCCAGAUAUUUAUUACAGAAGGGGUACUACGAGUUUAGAUUUAAGAAGAAGAAAUAAAGGUAGUGCUAAUGAAAUAUCAGUGAUACGAUUAGAUCCGUUAGAAGAAGAAAAUGAAGCAAGGUCCAUUCAAGCUAAAGGUUGGAAAGCAAUCGGAGGUUACAUAAAGUAG